CAACGAACAAUCAUCGAGCUCGCUGUCGACCACGUCGCCGCCACCGAUAUGCACCUCCAAUCGUUGUUUGCAUUGGCUCUUUUCCUCUACCCGUCGUCCGCUCGUCUUCUCCACUCUCUCCCCGAGGACACGUAUGCCUUUCCAAAGUUUAGAGUCGCCUUCCUCAACGGUCUCCCACUCUUGAACGAGACAGCGGAGAGAUGGCUCAAAGAAGGUUUGCGCGGGGGUGAACUUGAGUUUCUAGAUCAGCCUUACAUGGACGACGCUUCUUCGACGCCUGGUCUCUGGAAAGAAAUUGGCAGCGGAGACAGUACACUUCCGACUGAGACUCCGCCCAUGGAAACCGUCAAUUAUACUCUUGAACAUAUGAAGAUGGGACCUCGAGACUCAUAUCUCUGUCUGAUACCCCACCCAUUGGACAAUAUUUUAUCACUUGAAGAGGAUGACCUAGACAUUGUAGUGACGCCCGCAAGAAGUUGGUCCCUGCUACAACCACUUUCUGGGACGUGCCUUUACCACCGUCAGGGCUGGUUUACUUAUUCGUACUGUCACAACCAAGAAAUCCGUCAGUUCAAGGAAUUGAUACCACCACACUCCCGAAUUCCGGCUGGCGCUUACAAGCCUGAAGAAGAUCCUGAGUGGGAGUCAUAUACACUCGGCCGAUCCCCGAAAUCCACAGAAAAUGGAGCUGAUUUAUCUAUUGCGGAGCAAAAUGCCGAAGCGGCCAACCUAGAACUCGCCCGUACCGCUGGAUCGCGAUACCUUGUUCAAAGGUGGGGCGAUGGCACCACAUGUGACAAGACUGGCAAAAGUCGUGAAGUUGAAGUUCAGUUUCACUGCUCAAUGGUCAUGACCGACCAUAUUCUCUUUGUCAAGGAAGCUAAAACAUGCUCAUACGUCUUGGUCAUCCACACACCUCGUCUUUGCGGUGAACCAGGCUUCAAGUCUUCACGCGAAGCCGGCGAGGAAGCUCAGAUUCGGUGUCGCGAAGUCGUCGAUACCAAACCCGAGGGACCGGUAGAUCUUCCAACGGCUGACCACCCUCUCAAGGUACCCCGCCGCAAGACUGUUCUUCCCGCUGCGCCUCCCAAGGAGAAGGAGAAGGGAAGCAGCGCCGCCGAUCAGAGCAGAACGAAAGAAGACGUUUACAAUGAUUUACUGCAGAAAACCUUGGAAGUUUUUAUGGCAUCCAAAGGGACACAAGAAAAGGGCACGAGCAAAGAUGAGAUCAUUUUUGAGCUGCUGGAUGACCCUGAGGAUCUUCAGGUUGAGGGUGCUGAUCGUUUGGUGGAAGCGCUUCGAGCGGCAGGGUACGACGUCCAGGCGGAAGUUGUCACUGCCAAAGGGACGAGGCCAUCAAAGGGAAAAGGCAAGGACGAGAAAAAACAACAGCAAAAGUUUGAUCCACAUCGAGACGAGUUGUAAUAAUUUACACCUUUGAAUGAAUUGUACUAGACACUUG